UACAAACUGAAUUUUCAUUGUGGCAACGCGAGCGGUGCCCAUCGUGUCGAUUCCUGAGCAGUUCGCGGUCGGGAGCUCGAGCGCGUGUUAAAUAGUGAUUCAACUUUAUUCAACAAUGGAUUAUGAACUAUGAGCAACAACAAAAAGUGCACAAGGGACGGGUAGAAACUAGUGAGUGAAGUGAGUGAGUGGAACCGUGGUGGACAAGAUGGCGGAAUCGAGCUAUUAUCAGGGCGAUUACAUGAGACACCCUGUUCUUUACGAACUGUCACACAAGUAUGGAGUGGCUGGCAGUGACCAGGUGCCCUUGCCAGCUCGUCUCGACGAGCUGCGGGAACAUAUUCGUCGAGAAAUACGAAAGGAGCUAAAAAUAAAGGCUGGUGCAGAGAAGCUACGGGAGGUGGCAACUGAUCGUAAAGCUCUCUCCGAUGUCGCCAUGAUUGUUAAGAAGGCAAACACCAAGCUCAGCGAGCUUCAAGCAGAACUGCAGCAGUUGGAAAGUCAAAUUAUAUUGACCCAGGGCCAACCACAGUCUCCUCAACAAAACCACUCCAACGGUCAAGAUACUCCAAUGUCUCCGACAGGUCCCUCAUCGCCGAGUCAAGAAGGUCUCUUUACAGACCUUCGACUUCUCUCGUUGGAAAAGCAGCUCAAUAUUGAAACAAAGGUGAAACAAGGUGCAGAGAAUAUGAUUCAGAGUUUAACGAGUGGGCAUAGGGAUAAAAAAUUGCUUCAAGAAGCACAACAAAUGCUGGACGAUUCCCGCGCUAAAAUCGAGUUCCUACGCAUGCGUAUCAUGAAAUUAAACCAGGCGCGGGAACAACAACAUGCCAGAGGUGAUGCACCUCCGCCAAACGGCGAAGCAACUAGCAACAAAGAUAGGUACGAGCCAAGUCUGGAACUGGCUUUGGAGGAAAGAGUGGAGGAACUUCGGCAUCGAUUGCGAAUUGAGGCUGCGGUCGUAGAGGGUGCAAAGAACGUGAUUCGCCUUCUUCAAAGUGCCAAAGUCGCCGAUAAGAAGGCCUUGGCCGAGGCUCAAGCAAGUUUGGCAGAGUCCAGUCGAAAAUUGGACUUACUCAGACUGUCGCUAGAAUUGAGAAGACAAGAGCUGCCAGCCGAUAGUGCCACGGCGGCCCAGCUAAAACGUGAAUUGGCUAGUGUGCAGUCAGCCAGUCCUGUUCCAGUUACUUACACGUCUUUGCAACCUUUUCGUGGACCGCUAGAAGGCAGAGCAACUGUUCCUGCAUCCGUCUCGAGAUGCGCCGCUGUCACCGGCCAGUUAGAGGUAAGGUUAAUGGGAUGCCAGGAUUUAGCAGAGGAAGUACCUGGACGCACGAGAAGAGAACACCCAGCCAGUCCUGAUUUACGCAGCUUUGUUAAAGGAGUUACUGGAAGAAGUUCGAGCAAAUCUUACAGCGUGAAGGACGAAACCAGUAGCGAUAUUAUGGCAGUUAUUAAAUUAGACAAUCAGACAGUAGCACAAACUAGUUGGCGACUGUGUUCCCAGCAGGCUUGGGAUCAAAGGUUUUCCAUUGAACUAGACAAAUCUAGAGAAUUGGAAAUUGGUAUUUAUUGGAAAGACUGGAGGUCUCUCUGCGCAGUGAAAUUUUUACGUUUAGAAGAGUUUAUUGACGAUGUUCGACACGGGAUGGCGUUGCAACUAGAACCCCAGGGUCUGCUCUUCGCAGAGAUCAAAUUCCUUAAUCCGAUGAUAUCCAGGAAGCCGAAAUUGCAGCGCCAGAGGAAGAUCUUCAAGCAGCAAGUGAAGAACUUCCCGAGGGCGAAUCAAAUGAAUAUUAAUGUCGCCACCUGGGGAAGACUUCUCAAACGGUCCGCACCUUCCCUCCACAGCACCAGGAGUUCUGAAAGUCCCCCCUCAAGCGUAAGCUGUCCUCAAACUUCGCAAAUUACAUUCGAUUCUCCCGCGGAAGAUAAACCCGAAACACCUGGGGAAUUACCAGAUCCGGAAAAAGGAGGCUUAGGUGGCGCUCGACCUUUGGGAAUGAGUUUAAAUGAAAGUCCUGUGCUGCCAAGUCCUCCCGAACAUCCUCCCCCUCCGCCCCCGUCUUUGCUAAAGAAACCAUCGAUGCCAGCGCCUCCUCCACCCCCGAAAUUAGAUCAAGAGUUGCAGAGUGCGUUAAGGGAGUUUGAUUUCCUGCACAACGAAGAGAAGGGCGGGCACCAGGGGGCGAGCUUGAGGCCCCUUGUGACCGAGCCCCGACCUGUGCUGAUCGCACCACCCUCUCCACGCACCCCCUCGCCCCAACCUGUCGUCGAGUUUCCCGAAGACGAGAUUGUCUACGAGAUGCCGGUUAGACCAAUUCAAUACAGAGAUAGUGCCUAUGAGUCUCGAAGACAAUCUCAACUCACGGGGAUGACUCUGGAAAAUUUCAGGCUACUUUCGGUUCUUGGACGUGGCCACUUUGGAAAAGUGAUACUUUCUCAGUAUAGAAAUACUGGCGAAUAUUUUGCGAUCAAAGCGCUGAAAAAAGGAGAUAUUAUUGCAAGGGAUGAAGUUGAAUCUUUGCUUUCGGAGAAAAGAAUAUUUGAAGUGGCCAACACCACAAGGCAUCCGUUCCUCGUCAACCUAUUUGCAUGUUUCCAAACUGAGGCACACGUUUGUUUUGUGAUGGAAUACGCAGCUGGUGGAGAUCUCAUGAUGCACAUACACGCAGACGUAUUUGGAGAGCCACGCGCAGUUUUUUAUUCUGCUUGCGUCGUAUUAGGCUUACAAUACUUGCACGAGAGUCGCAUUAUUUAUAGAGACUUAAAAUUGGACAAUCUACUCCUGGACACGGAGGGCUACGUAAAAAUCGCCGACUUUGGUUUGUGCAAAGAGGGUAUGGGUUAUGGAGAUCGAACAGGAACUUUUUGCGGCACUCCCGAGUUCCUGGCGCCGGAAGUUUUAACUGAAACUUCAUACACGCGCGCUGUAGAUUGGUGGGGUCUCGGAGUUUUGAUAUUCGAAAUGCUUGUCGGCGAGUCUCCUUUCCCCGGGGACGAUGAGGAAGAAGUUUUCGAUUCGAUUGUGAACGACGAGGUUCGAUACCCACGAUUUCUGUCGCUUGAAGCGAUUGCCAUUAUGAGAAGAUUGCUCAGAAAGAAUCCAGACCGGAGAUUAGGAAGCAGCGAAAGAGACGCUGAAGACGUAAAGAAGCAAGCCUUUUUCAGACACAUAGCUUGGGACGAUUUGCUAUUGAGACGUGUGAAGCCCCCCUUCGUUCCAGUAAUUCAUUCUGUUGAGGACGUGAGCAACUUCGACGAGGAGUUUACAUCAGAAAAACCCCAAUUGACGCCUCCAAAGGAUCCGCGACCACUCAGUGAUUUAGAACAAGUAUUUUUCAGGGAUUUCACAUACAUGGCGGACUGGUGCUAACCCCCUAUUUUCAGUUUCAAAUCAUCCCCCUCUCGCACUAGAUCUUCGCUUUUUGUCCAUCUAGUGUAGUCCUCCAAGUGCACUAUGAUCUGAACAAUUACUUAAUCGUCUUCACAACCUCCGUCGAUUAACGAUUACUUGUAUAGUUUUUAUAUUUUAAUUUUACACUACAAUUAGUACUACUAAAUUCGAAAGAGAAUCCCGAUUUUAAAUAGAAAUUUACGCUCUAAGCGCUCGUUUCAAGGUACGACUGUUUUUUUUUGUGUUUUUUUUUUAAUUAGGACUCUGAAACGUAGAGGGGAAGUAGGACCAAAAUGAGAUCGACGCUCUAAUUUAUUUACAUGAGCAUCUUUUGUCUUGCGACGCAUAUCAUGAAGCAUAUUGAAAUUGAGGGGCCGAAUUCUACAGCCUAUACAUUUUUCUCGCUCCCUGGACACUUUUCAAACAAGUUUUGAAAUUUUAUUUUAAUAAUUAGGAGAAACCCCCUACAGUGGAUAAUCAUUAAUUGAGAGUGAACAUAAAAGAAAAAUAAUUCAUUUUAAUUUUAAUUCAUGAACAAAUGUAGUAUCUUAACUAUUAAUUAAAUUAUAUUAAUUAUUUUAUAUAUAUAUUAGUAUUUUUAAUCAAUGAUUGUGCACUUUAGGUUGCACUUUCCACUUUAAUUUAAUUGGGCAUUUUUUUUCUCUAAAGAAAAAAGUUGUAGCUUUUUACCGUUUUUGAAGAAAGUUCGAAACCGCGGUUUUUUAGAAAACAAUUAAGUCUUUUAUUCACUUCAACGCGCCAUAAUUGCACCCAUUCUUAUAAUUUUUUGAUGAAAUUUAUAGGAAAUAUUAUUUAUCUUUUGCGACUGGUAGAUUAAAUAAUAUAUGAACAUUAUUUUUUAAACAAAAGCUGAGACAUUGAAUAAAUCAUGCGUUCGUAGUUUCUAGUUAAAAUAUUUUUUAUAUGAAAAAAAUUAUUUAAAAAAAUCAUCAUUGAAAAAUAUGAAGGUUUUUUAAUUUUAAAUUUUAAACUAUUUGUUUAUAAUUAAAGAGCAUUUAUAAUUGACGUUUAGAUACACAGAUAUAUUAACAAUAAACUUAAAUUACAUUCUAGAUAUACAGAAAAAGGAAGAAAAUUUGUUUUGUUGUACAAUUUUAUUGGUAUUAGUAAAAGUUUAUAAACAAAUAAACAGUUUUCCUAGUUCUUCACGAAAAAAAAAUUAUUUGCCAUCUAAUAUUUGUCAAAGUAGCUUCCUAGAUUGAUUAAACUUCAAAAAAUCGUCAACACCUAACCAACAUUUAGCUCAGUUCUAAAUAAUUUGAGUUCAAAAAUAGAACAUUGACAUUUUUUUCUUUGGAAAAAAUUCGGUACUGUUUAAUAUGUAACUAAAUCGCGUAUAAUGCUUAAUAAACUUCAAAUUUUUUUAAACAUUUAUGUUUGUUUGUAAAUAAUUCAAUUAAACAAACAGAAAAUUGUUAUACAUUUUGAAUGGAAAGUCUUUUUUCCGUCUAAUAUCUAUCGAAAUAGCUUUUAGAAUAUUUCUAGAACCUAUGUUAACAAUAAUUUAAGCUAAAAAAAUGUAAUGAUUAAAAUUAUGAAUUUGCUGAAUUGUAAUCACUUUAAAAAAGAUUUUAUUUUUCGAAAAAGGCAGAAAAUUUUCUGUGUUAACUUUAAUUAUUUAUAACAAACCUAACUGUUGAGGUGUAAGAGUUUUCUGGUGUUUUUUGUUUUAGAAGCUACUUCUAUAAAUAUUAUAGGGUAACGAAUUUUUUCCGCGGAAAAAGGAUAACGGUUCUCUGUUUGUUAACUUAAAUUAUUUGUAAUGAAGCUAAAUAUUAGAGGUAAAAAUAAUAUGCAGUUGAGUAAGUCUAGUAUACUAUUUUAAUACAUAUAAGAUAGUAAAGUUCUUCCGCGAUAAAAAGUGAUCUAUUCAUUAACUUAAAUUAUUUAUAACUAAGCUGCAUGUUAAGUGUUAACUCUUUUCUGUAAGUUAGGAAGUUUGUGAUAAUUUUUAUACAAUUGUUGUUAUUGUAACAUUUUUAGUACAUUUGUUUAAAAAAAUAGGCUGAAGGGUAAAAUAAUAUAAAAAUAUAUAUCUACGUUUUUAAAAAUAAUUCUUUAAUUAUAAAAGAAAACUUUUAAAUCGGUUAAAAAUUAAAAGCUGGAAGUUUUUAUGUUGUCCAAAAUACGCUCAGGCUUCAUUGAAGACAAAAAUUUAUAAUUUGGAUUCAAGCCUAAAAUGCUUUACUAUAUCAAUCGUAGAAAAUCAUAAAAUAAAAUAUUUUUUCCCUCAAAAUCGACCAAACGGGCCUCAAAAAAGAAAAAGGUUUUCUAAAAAUUUGCGUUUUCGUGUUUAUUUCAAAAGCGGCAAGAGCCGCCACUUUUUUGUUCAAAGAUAAGAAAUGGGCAAUGAAUCCCCACAGUCGAUAAAAAAUAGACAAAAAAGACCGAAAAAAGACAAGAAAAUUGUUUUCUAGAAAUCGGGGCUUUCGGGUUUUCUUCCAAAACAGAAAAAACUACAACCUCUUUUUUUCAGAGAAAGAGGACAAUGAAAAUUCGUAUAAGAUUUUGUAGCGAUAACGUCCCUACAAUGGAUAAUCAGGGGUUUCAACGACCUUGAAAAACUGGAAUUCUCCUUGAAUUUUUCACGAAAACCUUGAAUUUGAAUUUUUUUUCACUUUUACUUUUACAGUUUUCGAGGGGUUGGCCACUCGGGGUUUUUAUAUACACCAGAUUUAAAAAGAUUACAAAAUAAUUCUAAAAAAUUCAAAAUAUUUCAAAAUUUGUCAAAGAUUUAAAAAUAUUUAAAAGGAUAUUGA